AAAAAGGCCCACCUAAGAAAAAUCCCUACUUUUACCACUUUACCUUGCUUUCAGACAGCCUCUUUCCAACACUGAACUGAAUAUCGUUGACCAGAAGGUUAUAAUUGCUUCAGUUCCCCCCAUGUAAACUUUAACAAGACUCCCUGAAAGCAGGUUCUCAUUUUAUGGGUGGCUAAAAGACAGUUUUUCUGCUGCCUCCAGCCUCUAUUCACAGCAAAAUAAUAAUAAUAAUAAUAAUAAUAAUAAUAAUAAAAUAGCUUAGCAUCCAUACCAGUCCUCCUGCCUGCUUUUCCAAACUGGUGGCGUGUUGACCUCCAUCUACUGUAGAUAAUACACUGACUAUGGAUAAGUACCUCAUACAAUCCCACUUUGAAAAAUCCAAAGUAUCCCUUUAAUUAGUUUACAGAUAUUGUAAUAUGUAAUGUUACAUAGUUCAUGUAUUAGUCUCUUCUCUCCUUUAGUUGGGACCGGAGUCCAACAACCUGGAGGUAGACCAAUAUUUCUACUUUUAUUGUUUUAAGAACCUCGUGUUUUUUGGCCCUGAAGCUGUUUUAAUGGGAUACAAUACAUCCAUGUGGCCACAUGGUGGAGACAAAGACAGAAACAACAGCUGUGCUUGUUUGUCUGCUGCAGUCAAUGACUAUAAUGAUACCAAACACUGCUGUUUUUCAGGUGUUGGUGUUGGCACAGGUGGAAAACCGCCUAAACCAUUCUUUCCAGGAGGAGGUCUUGUCCCAGGAACAGGUGUUGGAACAGGCGCAGGUGGAUAUCCCUAUGGUGGAUAUGGAAUUCCUUAUGGUGCUGGUGCUGGUGUGGGUACUGGAGUUGGAACUGGAGCCGGCACUCUGCCUGGAUCGAAGCCCUUGAAACCUCCAGGUGUUGGUGGAGCAGGAGGAGGAGGAAUCCCACUGUCAGCAGGAACUUAUCAAGGUGGGUUGUAUCCCUCUGGAGUUGGACUGGGAGCUACUGGAACUGGAGCUGGAGCUGGUACUGGAGCUAAACCACCUAAACCAGGCUAUGGCAAUCUCGGAGGUGGCGGUGUAUAUCAGCCAGGUGCGGCUCCUGUGGCUCCUGGUUAUGGAGGAGGUUACCCCCAACAGUACUACCCAGGUGGAUAUGUCCCAGCCCCACUGACUCCUCAACAAGCCAAAGCAGCAAAGUACGGUCCACUGCAGGGCUUCCUUGGUGGUGCAGGAGGAACAGGAGGAGCAGGAGGAGCAGGAGGAGUCUACAGAGGUGGAGUUGCAGGAUGCCAGGGCAAAUACUGUGGGAGGAGGAAGUAGAGCUCACCAUUGUGACCUCAUCAACCAUGGUGCUACUGCAUGAUCGAGAAUGUACAUUUUAUAUCCAAACAAACCCCAUUAGAGAAAAAGAUUUGUGAUGUUUUUUUUGUUUUGUUUUUACUUGACUUAAACGUCUGUUUUAUACAAACCCACCGACCCAGAAUUUUAUCCACACUCUGGUGUGAUGAAUGUUAUUGAUCGUGCUUUUAAUCACUAACGUGGUCAAGUUAAUCAGCUUUAACUCCCCGUAACCGCACUAGCCUACUUAGAAUACAAAGAGUGUGAUUGUGUAACCGUGUGUUGUUUUCGUGCAUAAUUGUGUGUGUGUGUGUGUGUGUGUGUGUGUUUAGUGUACUGUUGUGUGAAAGACUGACUGAACCACAGGCUGCCAAUGUGACCUAUGAAUGAUUUCUCUUUUGGUUUUAAUCCUAAAGAAAGGUGAAGUGAGUGUUACGGCCUCACCUCGCUGUGCAGAGCUUGUCAUCUCUCUGACACGUCAGGUCAGAGGGGUUGGGUUGGCCGAGGCUCGUCCAAAAACUGAUGAAAUCUGGCCAAUCUCUGCGUCGUCUCUGGCUCCCUGUCUUCUCUGCUGCUAUUUUUAGGCCUGCUGGGUAUAAAGCAGCGGGAAUUGGGGCUCCGGCCAACCCAUCUGCUCUCUGUAACUUUGCUGAUUCUAGUUGCUAUGCAGUUCAGUUUUCUCAGCAUUUUUAAUGUUGCCAAACUUGUGAUAUAUGAAGAGCAGUUUGUGCUCUGAGCAAAGACAAUCAAAAAGUGUCUGAUCCAUUACAGGAUGCUUUUAAAAAACCAUGGGGAGAGCAGCGUUGCCUUUUAGUUCCAAGCAGAUAAAAAUCAGAAACAUGUACAUUAUGUAUGUGUGAAUGUUUGAUUACGUGUCUGGAUUAGAUCGCUUUAGUCUGCUUCUAAUGUUUAGUCUCAUCGCAGCAGUUAUUUACAUUUAUGUAACUUGUCAUUACAUGAUUAUUCAAGUUUCUUUUUUUUGCACCAUGCUUUGACUCAUAGCUUUAUUGUUAUCAGGACUGUGUGAACAUAAAACGCAUUUAUUCACUGUUUAGAAUUGUACUACAGAAUAAGACUUUGUUUAAUGGAAGAGUCGAAGUGUUGAUGUGAGACAGAAGCUCCCGUUGUUCUUCAUUUACUUGAGCUGCUUUUUAACCAAAAAAAAAAAAAGGCUUACUGACCAAAGGUCCAUGAGCGCUGUUGCCAAGUGACUCCAUCUCUUUCUGUAAGUGUGUACUGUACUAAUUUGACAUCCGCAGGCUUCGGUUCCUUCAUUCGGUGCUGUGAGAGAACUGUCUUUGAGCCUCGCUGGGUCAGACCUUGUCUUAUGUGCCGUGGGAUACUCUUCAUCUUUAUUUAAAGCUGUUUUUAUAAGGAGGAACAGUGUGGUUUUGCACUUUUUAUAUUUCCACGACACACAUGUGACUUGUUCUCCAGAAUCCAGCAUUUCAUUUGCUUCAUUAAAUAACAAAAUAAAAUGUGUUAAAAGAU